GCAACAUGGGGAUGGAGCAGGACUGGGCAGCAUUUAAUUCUGUUGUGCAUGGAGCUGCCAGGAGUUGGGGCUGACUCAAUGGCAGCUAACAACAAGGCAGUUCUCAUGUGCAGCAGGGUUUAGAAACCACAAAUUUAGGGGGCUUGACUAGAGAAAUAAGUCAAGACUGGGGAGAUGGGCCACAAGAACGGAGAGAGGGUUUUUUGGGGCACCUGUGCUAUUCCUUCCACUCUCAGAACCAGUAUAAAAUCAGCACCUUCCUCACCCUCCACAGGCCUGGCCCCUCAUGCCGCCCUCUGCACCCAGUGUCCAGGUAGCCUACACGAUGCAGCUUCGACUCACCCAAGUCUCAGUGGGCAGCUGGGCUUCCCUUCUUUGUGCCCCCAGGUCCUGUGGCUAAAGCAAGCCCAUUUCCUCGGCUCUGCCCCUGUCUCCCCACAUGGUUUGUAACCCUGCCCCGGUGUUCUCUCCUGGCUUACUCCAAGUCUCCCCCAUCUUACAGGGGUUUCAGAUUCACUGAGUCCUCCACCCGCUAGUAACCUGGUGAUUUAAUCUUGAGCAUCAGAAUUCCAGACACAUAGAGAAGGCUCAUGCCUUAAAGGUACUACUUCAUUGGGGUCGUUUUUUGAUUGUUGACAUUUUAUUCUUUAGACCAGUACUUUCUAGAUUUUAUCUUUUGCACGUCUGGGUUCCUUUUUAACCUGGCUUCUGUCAUGGUGAACUGUUUCCUGUUUUCUGUACAAGUCAAAGAUCUUUCUGUUUUUAAGCUAUCCCUAUAAGGCGUUGGGAGCAGUGGGGUGAGGGGAGGAAGGAAGGGUAUUGAAAUAUAGGUUACUGUCAAAAAACAAGACUCUCCCUCAGGGCACCGUCUCUGCUGGCUUGGGUGCCGAGCCCCAGGCUGGCCUGUGUUCACUGACUUGUGAAGUUCAAGAGCACCGAGGUGAGCUAAUCUAGAAUCUGGAAUUUAUGUAAAUAUUCUCAUGAGGUCCUCUCAGAAGACAACUUCAGAGUCCUGAAAAACCAUGAGCUCUCUGGACUUAACCAAGAGGAAUUAGCUGUGCUCCUUGUCCAAAGCGACCCGUUUUUUAUGCCUGAGAUAUGUAAGAGCUACAAGGGCGAGGGCAGGCAGCAGAUCUGCAGCCAGCAGCCGCCCUGCGAGAAACUCCACAUCUGCGAGCACUUCACGCGCGGGAACUGCAGUUACUCCAACUGCCUGCGCUCCCACAACCUGCUGGACCGGAAGGUGCUGGCCGCCAUGCGGGAGCACGGGCUCGACCACAGCGUGGUACGCAACAUCCAGGACAUCUGCAACAGCAAGCACGCCCGGGGCCGGAGGAACCCGCCCGGCAGGAGAGCCCUUCCCUCACAUCGUCGAGAUGUGGGAUACAGAGGCAGAAGCAAAAGUCGAGACAGGGUUUUUCAGGGCCAUCAGGAAUUUUUUCCGCCCGCCAACGCCUCUUGCCAAAGGUCCUGCACAUCCAGUCCCGAUGUGACCAGCAGCAGGCCACCCCUGGACGACGACGUGAUUGUGGAGGAUCUCAAUCACAGAUUGACGCAUCUCGGGAGUCAGGAUAGCUCUCCACCUUCCCCAGUCUCACCGAAGGCCACCAGUUUUGCAGGAACAGGUCAAAUGGGAGCAAAUCACAGGUUUUCAGAGAACAACAGUCAAGAGGGUCUCUAUAGGAAUCAGGGCAACAUUCGUCCUGUUUCCGAUUCAACGCCAGCCUCCAACCGGAAGGAGCCCACAUCCUGGGUGAAUGGCCAAGGCACCGGGCGAGAAAGUUUGUUUUCUCAAGGUCCACCUACCGCCUUCCCACGAAAAAGCACAAGCGUGCUUUCCUCAGACUGCGUGGACAUCAAGGGUGAAAGCCGAUACCGUGAGAUCCAGCACUUCUCUCUUUUUAACAGUACAGUUGAUGGAACAGCCACGGAUCCAUCUUCCACAAGAUCUUCAGGUUACAAGACCACAGCCAGUAGACAGAGGGAGGAAUCAUUACAGAGGAAGCAGGACACCGGAACCUUUCAUGGGAAUCGACAAGUCACUGGUGAGAUUGCAGAUGCUGAUCCAGGUGUGGGAUUUGUGAACGAUCUUACCUUUCCGAAGACUUAUCAGGCUGCCAGAUAUGUCCACAAUGCGCUGAAUGACUCUGUGAAAGUGAUGGAUGAAACUACAGAUGGAGAGAAAACUGGUGCCAUUGGUUUCAGCUUAAGGGUGGCAGCCAAAGAGGAUAAAGAUGUAUUUCCCUCCGGAAGUCAGAGUCUGCGAAGCCAGUGCUUUCCCACGCCGGGGGAGACCAUGGCCCCUGCAGAAGUCAGCAGUCCAUCAACGGUAUCACCUUCCCCAAGCCACAGAGCUGCAGCCUAUGGGAUCGGUAGUCACAGCUCUGCCCACAUCUCUGUGACCCCUGCCACUGGAUUUACAACACGGAGGACCCAAGAGUCAGCUCUCUAUACCUUAUCCGACGUUACCAGUACCGCGUCUUCCAAGAUAGACGAUGGCUCAGAAGAAAUUUGUCUUGACUAUCUGGGUAACGGCUGUCAACUUAAGAAGUGCGGCAAAGUCCAUUUCCACCUGCCCUACCGGUGGCAGAUUCUGGUUGCGAACACCUGGAUGGACCUUCAGCCCAUGGAGAGGAUCGAGGAGGCCUACUGUGACCCGAACAACUGUGUCAUUUCUAUAGGGAGUCAUAACAUCAAUUUCCAGGAAAUGAGCUGUGAUUUCAAUCCCAUCCGACGUCUCUCCACCCCCUCGUCUCGCACAAAGUUGGUCACGUCUGUCUUCGCCACAAAAUGGAUUUGGUAUUGGAGAGACAAAUCUGGAGACUGGAUUCAGUAUGGGGAGAAGAAAGAUAAUCAGCAAAUUUCAAACAUCAACUCUUCAUACAUCGAGUCCCUGUUUCUCUCCUGCCCGCGAGGAAUUGUGCAGUUUAAGGCAGGCUCAGAGGAGUACGAACUGAGUUUCCAAGGGAUGAUUCAGACAAACACAGCUUCCAAGACUCAAAAGGAUGUCGCCAGAAGGCCACAAUUUGUGUCUUCCCGGGGUGUAGAGGAGCUUCUAAAAGGGGCAGGCUGUGAGCCGGCACCAUCCCCGUCUGUAACCUCGAACGUUCCUCCGUUGGACCAUCCCUCUCUGCCCCUAAAUGGAUAUAAGUUGUCAAUAAUCGGUGACCAACUUCCAGAGUAUACCACUAUAAGUGAGAGCUUUAAAGCCUCCAUGAAAAAUUUCAAGAUUGAAAAGAUAAAGAAGAUCCAUAACCCAAAGCUGUUGGAUGCUUUUCAAAGGAAAAAAUCGAAGAUGAAGAAUCCCAACGAGAGAAUCCUGUUUUCUGCAGCGAACCGCAGCCAUGUGGAUUCUAUCUGUGCGUAUAACUUCGACUGGACCUUACACGGCACUCAUGACACCAGAUACGGAAGAGGAAAUUACUUCACCAAAGAAGCCAUCUAUUCCCACAAAAAUUGCCUGUGUGAUGACAAAAACAUAGUUAUGUUUGUAGCCCGCGUCCUGGUUGGGGAUUUCACUGAAGGAAAUAUGACAUACACACACCCUCCUCGCAGAUUUUGUGACCCGGAGACUCGGUAUGACAGCUGCGUGGAUACCAGGUUGAAUCCUUCGGUUUUCAUCAUCUUUCAGAAAGAUCAGAUGUAUCCAGAGUAUGUGAUUGAGUACACUGAAACAGACAAAGCCUGUGUGAUUAGUUAGAUACGAUGACUGCGGCAUCCUAGUGGACCAAAUUGAACCCAGUUGCCCCGGAUAAGAGUUACACUUUUACAUUUUUCGCACCUAGUUAUAUGUCUUCAAUCGGUGGUUCCCAAGCUUGGCUGCCUAUCUGAGUCACCUGGUAUAUCCGUUGCCUAGGGCUGCCGUCAGAAAGUAGGUGGUGGCUUUAUACAACAGAGAUUCAUUGUCUCACAGCUCCGGAGGAUGGGAGUCCAAGAUCAGGGUAUCAGCCAUGUUGAUUCCUUCUGAGGACUCUGAGAAAGAAACUAUUGCCUGCUCUUUCCCAGCUCCUGGUGGCUCCAGGCAUUCCUUGACUUGUAGCUGCAGCGUCACAUGGCGUCCUUCCUCUGUCUCUGUGUCUCUCCUCCUCUUUUAUAAGGACCCGAGUCACAUAAGAUUAGGGCCCACCCUAGCCCAGUAUGACCUCAUGUUAACCUAACUGAUAACAUCUUCAAAGACUCUACUUCCACACAGGGUAACAUUCAAAAGUACUGCGUUAGGACUUCAACAUAUCUUUUGGGGAGACACAAUUCAAUCCAUAACCUACCACUGUUGAGUCGAUUUCAACACAUAGUGACCCUAUAGGACAGAGUAGAACUGCCCCAUAGGGUUUCUAAGGCUG